GCUAAACUUUUUUUUAUUUUUUUUCUCAAUUGAGGACCGUUAGUUUGGUGCUGAAGUCCUCCUUACAGUUUAUUUCUUAUCACUUUCUCUGAAACACAAUCCUCCGUGAAGUGCAGCGAUGGUUUCCUCUUUGCUCAAUGCUUCUUCGAUUCUUAAGCCAUCGCCGGCAAAUUCUUCCAUUUCCGCACAAAAAUUCGGAAUUCCUUUUCAGCCUUGUCAAUUGAAGCCCCUUCCGAUUGUUUCGUGCAGGAGAAAACCAGAGCAUUCCGUUUCCGCCAAAAACGGCGGAGGAAUUUCAUACUCGCCGGCGCCGCCGCCACUUGUACAGAUUGCGAUUCAGAAGUCUUUGAUUUCUGUGGCUGCUGCUGCAUCUAUUGCUAUUGUUUUUUGGUCCAGCCCAGCUCAAGCUGGAUUUCUUUCGGGCUACACCGGUAUAGAAUCAGUUCCUGGUCCCGAGUUGCCUCAGGUUGAUUUUCUCAAGCGCUUUAAUGAAGAAAAUCAGAAAAUGUAUGCGGAGAAUGACGCGAGAUUCAAAGAGUCCCCGAUCCUCAAAAAGUUGCUCGAGCAGUCGAAAUUAAACAAGGAAAAAAACCGACAAGAAACCCAGGACAAAUAUUGCAUUAGAGGAGCUGAAUGGGGAGUUGGAGAUUGUUCGGCCGAGGGGAUGUCACCCGAAGAUAAGGAGAAAUUCAUCUCUGCGUUGAAGAAGAAAGCUGGCAUUGAAUAAAGUCUGCCAGUCGUUAUGUUCUUCUUGAUUUUCCAGAUAUGCAAAAGAUUUUACAAAAGGGCCAUCAUAUAAAGUUCAAUGGACAUGAAAAUCAAUCUCGAGCUGUCGUUGUCGGAAAAAAAAGGGCACGUAAUUGAUUUGGAUGCAUAGAUCAUAUAUGGCAUCAAUUUGGAUAUUUUCUUUGGUUGCUCUACCGAGAAACUCAAAAUAUGGAAGUGUAUAAAAUACACUCUCAUAUGUAUGUUCAUAACUUUCGUUUUUGCAGUUAUUUCCAAUAGAAUUUCAAAUUUUAAUAAAAUCUUUAGAUUUUUCUCUA